CUGGCACUUCAAACACUUUAACAACACUGAAAACUCCAGUUUCGAAUUUCCUAACUUCGCUUUCGGUUUUAGUUACUUUCCUUUUUGGUAAGACGAAAUUUAAGCUACUGUUGAAAUGAGUUCGCCUGCCCCCCAAGGAUCUGCAAGAAGUGCGCGAGGCGAUCCCCAAGGGCUGCAGACCCUUCGACACAUCCAGCAGCACCUGGGACCCGAAGCCAUUGAGGAGCUGGCCUGUGCGGAAGCAGGAUGGUAUCGCGACAUUUCCAAUCCACAGAUGGACGCCGCUCGGGCCCUGAAGGACGCGCUGCGCGAUGACAUGGAACAGAGGACGACGCGCCGAACGUGGCAGCUGGUGGAGGUCCUGGGGCUGCGCCCUCGACCGUCCAGGAAGACGCUGAUCAUGCUGAUGCGCAUGAGCAGGGGCAACGACUUGGCCUUUCUCUGGUUCCUCAUGGAGAUGUGCUACAAGACGGAGGCCCAUGGCCGAGCGUACGACAUCAACGAGCAGAUCAUCAUGUCCGCCAUCUUCUGGCUGGACCUGUACCCCACCCUCCAGGAGCUGGACCGCGUGCUACCGCUUCAGAAUGCCACCGAGACACACAAUGCCAAUGCCACGGCCACGGCCAAUGCCGAGCCUCGUCAAAAGCAGAGCCAAAGGAUUCGGGACCGUCGAUCGGAGAGCGAGAAUGGGAAGCCAAAGAAGCCUGCCAUGAUGCGACCCCUGUCCCCAUACUUCCAGGAGACACCAGUCAUCCGAUCCUGGCAUCCCACUGGAAAGUUUUUCUCCGAAAUUCCCGCCCGUCCGGCUCUGUUGAGCAACAGGCCCAGGCAGGUGAUCCCGAGCACGUCGCCGCUCUUGUCCCGCUGGUUCGGCCACUACGCCCUCAGCGACGCCCACCGCAUAACCCGGACCAUCCUCAACGAGGAGAUCCGCAACAUAAUUGCCUCCUUGAACGCGGCCGAGCUGCCCGCCAACGAUGUGGAGUCCAUGUGCUCCCACCACCAGCGGAUCAGCGAGAUGGAGAAGUCGCUGAAGGUGCAGCUGGAGGCCCUGAAGCAGCAGCAGUGCGAGGAGCUGCUCACCGCCCCCAACCGAGCACAGCAGCGGCGACGCAAGAGGGUAAUUUCCGAGCUGGAGCAGAUGGUGGCCUGCUGCCAGGCCCGCUUCCACGAGAUGGCGGCGAGGACGCGCCUCGCCUCCACCAGGAAGAAGCUCUUCAGCUGCGCCUGCGCUGGUGCACCCGUGGAUAAGAAUUUUUUCUGCCUGGACAAAGGAUCUGGCGGGGGAGAUAGCUGUGCAGAGGAGCCAAAUGUGAGACUACUGCAGGGCGAGAACCCUCUGAUCCCACACUGCUGCCCCGACUUCAAGUUGGAGGCGAUGGACUGUGCGAACUGUGAGCUCUACGACCCGGAGAAGGGUCUGCCGGAGCCAUGCACUGGCAAAAGCCUUGGACGCCCCAGCAGCUUGAUGCAGUUUCUGAAGCUUUGCGACAUCGAGAAGGAGAAGCUGAGCGAAGAGGACAAGCAGAAGGCUCCUGCUUCUGCUUCUGCUCCUGCUCCGUCGCAAAGUUGCAGCGACAGCAAAAAGUUGUUUGAGUUCGGCGCAGCAGGCGCUGCGGGCUUCAAGUUCGACUAUCGGCGGCUCUUUGGGCCCUCGAAGGCCACUCGCCUGGACGACCAGAACUUGCGGAUGAAGGCGGCCUUUGCCAAGGCCUUGGACGAGGAUUGCGAGUUCCUGAAUGCCGCCCUCAACGGCGAGGAAGACGACUCCCUGGACGCUCUGGUGGAUAGAGCAGCCAAGCGCGUGUUCGCCAGCGAUACGAAAACCUUCGACGAGGAAUACGAUCGAUUGCUGCGCCGCAAAGCGGAGCUGAGGGCCGACCGCCGCCUGCAAAUGGGCAAACAGCACUUCGACCCAGAGGACACGUCGCUGAUGAAGAAAAUGCUCCGAUUGGGACUCGACACCGUCGCCAAGGAUCGCCGCUAUGUGCUGCCCACGCUGCCCAACGUCCACACGGUGCCGUACCUCAUGGAGUGGAUCUGCUCGAGGUACGGCAAGCGCUACUCCCAGGCGGAGCGGGAGCGCAGCUACGCACAGAACACCUUCCAGAUGAGCGUCCUCUACGACAUCAUGAAGUACCCGCUGGUGAAGCCGCCCAGCCAAGUCCACACCCGGCGACUGCGUUCCCUCUCCAAGAACCUCCGAGAGCACCAGACGACCCUCUUCGUGGAGGCACUCAUGUCGGUGGGACGCGUGUUCUUCAACGCCAUGCGCUCCCCGCUGUGCCACACCCCGCCGGGCGACACCUUCUACGCCUACAUGCCGGCCGCCUACCGCGACACGGGCUUCAGCAUCAACAAAAAGCUUCAUUAGUAUUUGUAUGUUCUGGUGCAGACAAGAACGGACUGAAGCUCCUUCUACAUGUUCUUUAAACACCCAACUAUUUCUUCAAAGAAAACUAUUUUAGUACUAAAUGUAAACAACGAUUAACUUAAAUAUGUAAAUUAAAGGCAGCGUAUGACUUACCAAGCCUAGAAACAGUACAGGGACAAAACAC